AUGACUCGUAAUUUCAUAACAUUUAUAGUGAUGGCACUCCCACCAGCUCAUGCGUUCGGUAAUGGUAUUAUACCGCCCCAACCACCACCACCUCAACCACCGACUGGCUUCUUUCAAGCGUCCUCUCAACCUCAGUUAGGUGGACAUCAUGCUGUCCCACAACAGAUGCUUCCCGAAAGUGUUCUCGAGGAAAAGUCAAGGAAAUGGAAGCAACUGCAGUCGAAGAGAUACGCCGAAAAGAGAAAAUUCGGUUUUGUUGAUGCUCAAAAAGAGGAAAUGCCGCCUGAGCACGUACGUAAAAUAAUCCGUGAUCAUGGCGAUAUGACAUCCAGGAAAUACAGACACGACAAACGUGUGUAUUUGGGUGCUUUGAAAUACAUGCCGCAUGCGGUGUUAAAACUGCUCGAGAACAUGCCUAUGCCAUGGGAACAAAUUCGUGAUUGCAAA